UCCAACAAAUCUCAUUCCAAAACCAGAGUCGUGGUGAUCGUCUCUUUCUCUCUCACACCAUCUCGAUCUUCUCACGCAGAUCUCCGUUACCACCAAAACCAUCACAUAUCAAUGUCAGGCGCCAUUGCUGUAGGAGCCGCUGGCUCAUGGGCAAGAGCACUGGUUAAGAUCUCCCCCUACACCUUCUCCGCCAUCGGUAUCGCCGUCGCUAUUGGCGUCUCCGUCUUAGGCGCCGCCUGGGGAAUUUAUAUCACCGGAAGUAGUUUAAUCGGUGCGGCAAUCAAAGCUCCACGUAUUACUUCCAAGAAUCUUAUUAGUGUCAUAUUCUGUGAAGCCGUCGCUAUAUAUGGUGUUAUCGUUGCCAUUAUUCUACAAACCAAACUGGAAAGUGUUCCAUCUUCACAAAUAUACGCACCCGAGUCUCUUAGAGCAGGAUAUGCAAUUUUUGCAUCUGGACUCAUUGUUGGUUUUGCAAAUCUUGUAUGCGGUUUAUGUGUGGGGAUUAUUGGGAGUAGCUGCGCCCUAUCGGAUGCCCAAAACUCGACACUCUUUGUGAAAAUUCUUGUGAUUGAGAUCUUCGGUAGCGCAUUGGGGCUAUUUGGUGUGAUCGUGGGAAUAAUAAUGUCGGCUCAAGCCACAUGGCCUUCAAAAGUUUAAAUUUGGCUUCUAUUAGCAGUUGAAGAACACAAAUUCCUUGUGUGUGCAUAUCUAGACGAGUAUUUAUCGGGUUUUCUUGAUUUUUGAUGUGUGUUAGCCAAUAAAGAUCGGUCCCAUGUUUCAUAAACCUGUAGAAUCUUCGUAUUCUGUAGAUGACAUCUUGAUAACAAGUGAUUGAUUUGUUGUUCUGUUUAUAAGGACAAUGUUCCCAAAAAUGAGUCAUGGUCUAAAACUGGUCUUUGACCGACCUGCAUUUCAAAACU